AUGUGCAUCAACGUGAGUGAAGAUCCUCUCAUGAGAGUCUUGCAUUGCCUCUAUAUGGUGGCCACGACAAAGGAAUUCCUCAUGCAAGAUUGUUCUAAAGUCUUGGAGGGUAAGAAUUGGAUAUCGUCUGCUGAUGUAGGUAGGGAGGCACAUGAGAUAGCCAAUGUGUUAUCUAGAAGGGCCUCUUCAUUCCGCCUUGUGUAUUUCUAUGUUUCUUGUCUAAGGAUGUUUUCUGUAUGUCUAUGUGAUAUUACUAGGGUUUCAAAAGGAGUUUGGGGACUACCAGGCAACUUCCAGUCAGCUACUGGCAGCGUUCCUUCUGCAAAAUCUCUCAUGUACUUUGGGCUGUUCCUGGCAGCCAGAAUUUUCUUCAUUUUCAUCGCAUUCACCAUGUUCCUUCCAGUCAUGGUGCUGAUGCCUCAAAAAUUUGCUCUUUGUUUUACCGUCGGUUGUGCCUUUAUCGUAGGAUCGUUCUUCGCACUCAAAGGCUCGAAGAAUCAGCUUUUGCACAUGUUCUCAAGAGAAAGGCUUCCAUUCACAGUGGGAUUUAUUGGCAGCAUGGUGGGUACCAUAUAUGUGUCAAUGGUGCUUCACAGCUACGUUCUCUCUGUUUUCUUCUCUGUUUUACAGGUAUCACAUUUUCAAUGUGUCCUUUUUCUUCACUCUACUUUCUUUCUUUUAACCCAAACAACUGAAGUUAUGUGAUAGAGUGUAAUAGUGGAAAAGGAUUCAUGCAGCUGACCCAAUUAGUUGGGAUAAGGUUUAGACGAUGAUUGAUUGAUUGAUUGAUAAGUAGACAUUAAUGGAUAGGGUCCCCUUCUCUUUUUCUUUUUCUUCGGUUUCUUUUCCAUUCACCUUUGUUUUUUAAUAACUUUCACCCCUUUGUAUUUCACCAUGGUUAAUUGAAUGAAGUAUCAGAUGAUGCUCGA